AUGCCCCGCUCAGCUUUCAAUAUCUUCCGUUCCUUGACUCUCACCAAAUCCUUCCUCCGACAUCCGAGGAAAACUAUCCGUGUAUGGCGUUAUGGCAAUGAAUGCGAUGCGUGUGGAGCGGUCCUUGAAAUCGCCCCAGAUGGUAGAGAGUACUGUAUCAUCCUCAAUUGUGUUAACUGUACUGACAGUCCAAUUGGUAUGAAAGGGAAAUCACAUCUGCGCCGCCUCGAGCCCGAUGACAGGUUGGAAUUUCCCCACGAUAUCGGGCGCCACAAGCAAUGCAGAUGCGGACUUUAUUAUUGGGAAGUCUGCGUCAGAUGUGCUCUUUGGGAUAAACAAAAGACAGAGAAUGCGGCUUGCGCUGAAUGUGAGCUUCGAGAGCAAGAGGAGACUGCAAAAGGUAAGACUUUUACUCACGAGAUGCGUCAAGCUUCACAUAGGUCGGGUCAUACUUCUCCACCCAGCUUGAUAUACACUGUUCCUCACAGCUGGAACUCGGGCCAGACUAUCAUUGGUCCUCCACAACCACUUUCUCCUCCUUCAAGGAUAACGACACCUGAGAUUAGAGAGCUCUAUCCUGCUAGACCCUUCGAAGGUGCUUUCAUGACAGGAGCGCUUCCAGCAGACACCUCGCCAGUGGAGAGAAGCCCUUCGAUACCUGUGGCGUUUCCAGAGGACAGCCAGUCAACCAUUGAAAGUUUACCAGCACCCGUGCGAGUGCCAGCUGACAUUCAGUCGACCAUUGGAAGUACACCGAGACGAAAACCAUUUCCAGGAAACAUCCAGGCGACGAUUGCGAGUUCUCGCAUACGUGGGCCGUUUCCAGACGAUGCUGAGUCAAGCGCUGGAAGUGUACCAGGCCGAACAACCAUCUCAGACCUCGAAUCGAGUGUUGGGAGCGUCCCAGCACGUACAACCGUCUCAGACCUCCAGUCAACUGUCGGGAGCUUACCGAAUUUUGCACGAGAUAUUCGGCCACCUCCUGGAAGCGUGCCGAGGCGGAGACCUCUGGUAACUGAUGCAAACGUACCAAGGCGACGACUCAAUCGUCCUGCCAAAAUUGCGCGUCCCCGAUACAUAAACAAUACAGGUUGA